ACAAGUGGUGCGCAGGUACUCAGCGCAGACUCGGACGCGGCGGUACAGGCUCGGCGUUCGUCCUCCCGCUCCUGAUUUCAUGUCAUUUACUCACUUUUGAGGCAUUCAGCGGGCGUGGGAGGCGAGGGCGGGCCAGGGAGAGGUGUGGGCGGUGUAUGGGCGGCCGCUCCUCCAGAAUGGCGGCUCCUGUGGUGGUGAACGCGACUGCUAAACAUACAGCUACUGUUAUCUUCCUCCAUGGCCUGGGAGACACUGGGCAUGGAUGGGCCAGUGCCAUGGCAGCCAUCGGCUCCCCUCACAUCAAAUUCAUCUGUCCCACUGCUCAAGUGAUGGCAGUGACCUUGAAUGCUGGCUUCAGGAUGCCUUCAUGGUUUGACCUCAAGUCCCUGGAUGUGGAUGGGCCAGAGGACAGCAGUGGCAUCAAGCGUGCCCGAGACAGCAUCCACACCCUGAUAGAGGAGGAGGUGCGUGCCGGCAUCCCCCACGAGCGCAUCUUGCUGGGUGGCUUUAGUCAGGGGGGAGCACUGGCCCUCUACUCCACCUUCACCCACUCCAAGAGCCUGGCAGGAGUGGUGGGUCUGUCCUGCUGGCUGCCUCUUAGGGAUGAGUUCCCACAGGCUGCCGUUGGUAACACGGGUGCCCCCAUCCUGCAGUGCCACGGAGAUUGUGAUCCAAUAGUACCUUACAAGUUUGGCCAGAUUACCAGCCAGAUCAUCAAGAAGUUUGCUGGCAACAUAGAGUUCAAGACGUACCGGGGAAUGAUGCACUCGUCCUGUGAUGAGGAGAUGGCUGACAUCAGAAAGUUCAUCUCGCAACACUUGCCUCCUGUGUAGAGAUGGUACCACAUGAGGGACGGCAAAACAUGGAAUACUACGUUGCAUUCAGCCUCCAGUCAUCUGCUUGCCUGACAGAGAGAAGUCCCUUGUAGGAUCUUUACUGUAACAAUACCUUCAGCUUUGGGUGCACUGUAGGAUUGAUCUUCUUUAGCUUUUGGAGGGCUAUACAAUUCUAUGCUUUAGUAUUUAUAGCUUCUUGGGUUCAUUUAGAUCAAAGUUCACACUUAAUUAUGGUAACUUCUUUCACCCUUACAUUUUACAGAAAGCAAUGUGGGAUCUAGAGAUUAUUUUUCACAAAUAUUACGACCUUAUUUUGUUUAAGUUUUGUUAAUCCAGAAUACAGUGAGACAAUUUUGUUUACCUUCGUUAUUUCAGGAUUUGGAAUAUUUUCUGUUUUCACUGAUUAGAUCACUGGACCCACUGUUUUUUCUCACUCGUGCUGUCUUGGGUAAGCACACACUGGGGCUCACUUGCUCAUGUUACUCAAGAACGUCCCUAACAAGUCUUCAGUUGACUCGACUGGGCAUCCAAGUGUGUGUGUGUGUGUGUGUGUGUGAGAGUGUGAGUGUGUGGGUGGACAAAUGUACAUGUGUGUGGCAAGCAGUUCCUCCAGCCCAGCCCGCCAAUCCCUAAUGUUCAAAGACGUGAGUCCUGGUAUCUCUGCACUUCGGUCAGAGCCCCUUUUGCAAUUUGCAUUUUUCCCUCAGGGCCUUCACCCUCUCUUGUCAUGUUGCCUUUGUCAUGGUGUGGUGUGGUAUUGUCCUGAUCACAGAGUUGCCCACUGUUAGAUAUUUCUUUACUCAUGAUUCUUUAUUCUCCCUGCCACUCAAAUAUCUCAUUAUUUUUAUAAUGUUCCUUGAAUCAUGUUUUUUAACUUUGGAGGUCCUUCCGUCACCCUCUGUUGUGAGACAGUGCUCCACCAAAGAAAAGUUAACAUUGUUCAGCGAUUGAGUUUCAUGCAGGAAGGUUGAAUUUAAUUUAGUUAAUGUAAGUGAGAUCCACAGAGGGAGAAGGUAGAACAGAGGGUAAGGGAUUGGUUUUCCACUUGACUCAGAUACUACGAUUCAUGUUAUGAUAUGGGCGCUACACUACUAUCAAGAAAAAGUUCCAUUGAUCCCAAAUGUUAAGCCACUCCUACUACUAAAGCGAACACUGUAGGGAGCGAGGCAUGUUGCUGCUGAGGCACCUUGCAUGAAUGGCUCUGUUGACUCAUUGAGUACAUACCUAAUUUCUGUUCUGUUUGGUGUCUGGGGGAUGGUGUUGGACUCCUAUUCCUUAUAGGGACUCGCCUGAUAUGCUAUAUUGAUUCUCUCCUUACCAGACAGCAAUCAUGUACAUUAGUUUGUUGAUGUAUUCCACUGAAAUGAGACCAUCUUAGACGUAGCAUCUGUUUACUCCCUUGCAACACAUCAGUCACGUACUCAAUGACUACCUUGUGAAUCACCCAGUUUGAACCACUCCUUCUGAAUCAUCAUUAUUUUAGCCAAUCAUUGUUAGCAAUAAGCUGUGACUAGAUGGUACUCUUCACAAUCUUCCAUUCAGCUGAUGUAUCCUUCCCUCUGCAUCACAAGUUAGUAGCCAGACCCCCGAGGAACAGUGUGGCCCCGAGACACUCCUUGUCCUUGCAACCUAGUGAUACCUUCCAUAAUACUUUGUUGAGCCAACCUAAGUCAGUCCUCUCAUGCAACUUAGGCAGUGAGUCAUUAUGCACCAACCGAUAAAAUAGUUCGUGUGACUUUUCAUCAUUGUUGUGAGGCGGAGUCGCAGCCAUCUCAGAGUGCCCCUCCUUCAUGUCCCCGUGCUCAGGUGUUGGUAGGUUGCAGUUCCUUUGCUAACUCGUCAGAAAGAUACUCCUCUACCCCCAACCUGGUAAAUGCUGUUCUCAUCUCGUUACUUUUAUUGCCUACUUGUUAAAAUUACUUGCCUCCAUGUGCAAAUUUUUUCUUUAUAACAAAAUUGUACCAUUAUAGUUUUUCUUGUGUUGGAGAGCUAAACAUGAUUUUCUUGCCUGAGUCAUAUAUUGUAUGUACCCUAGUCUUUAAGUGAUGAAGUAUUCACAGAGGUGGUGGUCACUGCCUGGCUCACCGAAUUAACCGUUCCGACUUGCCAGGCAUGUGUCAGUCCUUGCCGUGUCUUGGGCUGUCCCAAUCACCAGGUGCAGGUCGGCUGCCAUGGUGGUUAGGGAGUGAGGCUUUAGUCUCUAGGCUGGGAAUUCCAGUGCUGCCCAGCAGAUGCAAGGCUGCAGAGUAUAAACAUUACAAUCACUAGGCUGCAGUAGUUUACAGUGUUGGAUCCUAUUUAUAGCUGUUUAUUUAGGCUGGUUUAGGAAUUCUUUAAUGCCUGCACCUUCCUGGAUAGCUUUAGUUCACCUGUAAUAACUUAUCUGAGAUAGAGUUAAGCUUGGUGAUCACCACAGCACCAUUUGAUGCUGUGUCUUGGAGCUGGUGUGGGCACCAGCCUGGACUCACACCUGCUCAUCAUGAGUCUGAUCUCUUGUGAGAGAUGGACGUCUUACUCUUGUUACUCUCGUGUGUCAUUUAUAUGUUGUAACAAAGUAUUAACUUCAUGCAUUUAAUUUUUAUCAUAAUUGGAUACUGAACUAUUGGAACAAGUCAUUGAUAUUGGUUGUCAAGUGGCUGUUGGGUUUGUGUGAUGGCACUGAACACAGUGAUAGAAGUGAAUUGUUCUGUGGCUGCACAGCAGAGGGAAGUGUUGGAGUGGACUAGACAUGCAUCUGAUGCCUUGUUCUAAUGGACUUAAAUAUAUCUUUAACUCGAGUAACUUUGUUAAAAAUUAUUCAGAAAUAUGUGGGUUCUCAGAUGAUGGAAUGAACAGUGUAUACUUUAUGGCAUAUUUAGUACAAGGCAUUACAUUUAAAUCUCUAGUUCGGAGAUAAGUCAGUUAAGCUCAGGUUUUGUUAAUCAGCUAUCCAGUGUCUGACCUUGCCUUAUUGACCUAUUUUGGGAAUCCUGCAUGUUCAAAGGUCACUCUCCAUUACAGCAAAGAUGUAGUAUUGUCAUGGAAGCUGCAUGUAGCUGUUUGUACUCAGUUGUGGUCUUGGGGGUGUGGGGGGAAAAGAUAAGAUUUAAAACAUGCUAAAUUUAUCUUUCUUGGUCAUGAAGUAUUAUCAGUAGCAUUGGUUUGGUGUAGAAGUGUGUACAACAGACUUGUUUGAAAGCCUUGGAACAUUUCUUCUCUGUCCAAGCCAGGGUAUUUCUGCUGUCCACUAGAGGUUGUUUCAGAACAUCUACAACUUUUACUCUGUUCUUUUAAUGCAAGCUUUCUAUUUUAAGUACUGUUGUUUGGGUGAUCAGCCAAUAUUAAUAUGUAGACAAUUCAAUCUUUCUAUUUUGUAUCCUUAAAGGUAUUUGAAGGUUAGGAGUAUGUAUUAUCUAUGUAAGGUUAAAAUGCUGUUAGUUCUGUAAGAGGAAGAUAUAUGAUUGGUCUUUGUUCAA